AUGCCGCGUCCCUACGAGUACCAAGCCGACUUUCCUUUUGAAGGUCCUUCUCCAGAUAACGGCAGCGUAAUGGCUUCUCCUCCUGUCUCUGCUCGCGUGGCUGACGGCCUCCCCCCCGUGCAAGCCGGGACCAGCAGAGCAGAGAAGAGGCCUUGCGAUCGCUGUCGUCGGCGGAAGAGUCGGUGCGUCAUCAAUGCAGACUCGUCCACAUGUGUGAUGUGCCAGUUCCACAAUCAGCCAUGUACCUUUAUCGAAGAAGCAGCUCCGAGGCGACGAAAACACACCAACCCUGCCGAUACCACUUCCACUGGGUCGGCUAGGCCGACAGCUUCUGAUGAUAACGCCCCACGACGGCCAUCCGCUGAAUCCAUGAUUCGAACCGACCCUGUUAUCGUGGAUGAUUAUGCCAACCUGCAGGGCCAGAGUCUUCUCAAGAAAACUCUUGGGCUCCAAGUGAACCGAUACGCAAAGUAUAUCGGCCCGACAGAUGAGCACGACUUUGCCCUCCUGGAUCUCCGGCUGUACGACCACGUCAAGAACGAAAGCCCUGCAGAUCUAGGAUCCUUCCGCAAAGUCAAUCAAGGGGUAUUUUUCCAUCAGUAUCCAGAAGCUGACUCCCCUACGUAUUCUCGCGACAUAGAGGAGCUCGACAACAUUGAGCGCAUUGUGGCCCCUCACGGCGAAGCCCUGAUAAAGCUCUAUUUCCGAAUCGUCCACCCCAGCUUUCCCAUCUUGCACAAGAAGGUCUAUCUCGAGAAGUAUGGCCGAACACAUCGCGAAUUCUCUCCGCCGUUGCUCGCUGCAGUAUAUGUCUUGGCGCUGAACUGGUGGUCAUACAGUUCAGAGUUGUCACGAUCUGUCAAGCCUGAUGUCGCGCUCCUGGAGGACAUCGCAUAUCGAACGUUGCAGAGCGUGUCGCAGCGAGCGAAGUUGUCCACGGUACAGGCAGGACUUUUACUGCUCCAACGUCCCGGGAGCAACCAAGCCUGGCAGUUGACCUCUCAGCUAGUCGCCAUUGGCCAAGAUCUCGGGCUGCACCUGGAUUGCACCAAUUGGCGCAUACCGAGCUGGGAACGAGGACUACGAAAACGGCUGGCAUGGGCUCUCUUCAUGCAAGACACCUGGUCCGCCCUGAUCUAUGGCCGCCCGCCGCACAUCUCCGAGACGAACUGGGCCGUCCAGCCGGUCAUCAGUAGUGACUUUCCGGAGAGUGCAGCUGACGAGGACGACGAGGAGGGCAGCACCGAAGUCGAGAAAGGCCGGACGCUAUUCAGUGCCAUGAUUACCCUGACAAAGAUGCUCGCAGAAGUCCUGGAAGAUCUCUACUCUCUAAAGGCCGAGGCCGAGGUCAAGAGCUCCUACGACACGACAAAGGCCAUUCUCGAGAGGGCGAAGCCCAUCCAGUUGAAACUUCGAUCUUGGUACGCCGACAUGCCGGAAGCCCUGCGCAUGGAUGCCACAAAGGUGGGCAAGCUGAGCUCCGUCGGGUACCUGCAUCUCGCGUACUUCGCGACCGAGAUCACUUUGCACCGACGAAUCCUCCGCUCUCUGUCCCAAAACACCGACCCGUACAUGAUACAAAUCUGCCGGUCGGCGGCGAAGGCACGCUUGAUCAGCGCCAUGGACUUUUUCAACAGACUCAAGCCGGAACAUCUGCAGUCUUUUUGGUAUUUUGCGUCCAAGUUCAACUUUGCUCUCAUCGGCACGUUUGCUGGAUUGUGUUUCGUCACAUCGGUCAGCCAGGAGGAAGCUGAGUUCUAUCAACGACGACUCCUGGAGUAUCGAUGGACUCUGCGCGUGUCCAACAAGAGCGCCGAGUUUCUGGAGAUUGCUAGUGGCAUUCUGGAGUCGGCGGUGGGAUCUUUACUAAAAGCGGCAGAUUCCAUCGACAGUCGAGGAGUGUCUUUCCCAAUGAUGCAACAGCAGGCGGACGAAGAAGACAUUGCAAUGGAAGGCUUCACUCCUGGUCCUGAUGAUGGCUACUACGACAAUCAAAUGGACUCGUGA